GCAAACCAUGUUGCAACUUCCUAAUCUCCUUCUCUCCUUCCUCCUCAUCUUCUUCUCCUUCCUUCUCCUCCAUCUACUCAAAACCCCAAAGCCAAAUCUCCCACCAGGCCCAUGGAAACUCCCCAUCAUAGGCAGCCUCCACCACAUCUCUAUCAAUGCCCUCACACACCACUCUUUUCUCUCCCUGGCACGCAAAUACGGCCCUUUAUUUCAUCUAAAACUAGGCCAGAUCUAUUUCAUUGUCGCCUCAUCCUCCUCCACUGCCUCUGAAAUACUCAAAACACACGACCAAAUCUUCGCAUCUCGACCCACCAUGUUAGCCGUCAAAACCAUUGCCUACAACUCCAUUGGUAUUGGCUUCUCCCCUUACGGUCCUUACUGGAGACAAAUGCGUAAGAUAUGCACUCAAGAGCUUCUAAGCUCAAAAAAGGUGAAGUUUUUUGGAUUUAUAAGAGAAGAGGAGUCUUUGAAGAUCGUGGAAAGGAUUGGUAGGGGGAGUGGAUCGAUGACAUUAAAGGUGAAUAUGACAGAAAUUUUUAUGGACGUAUUGAAUGUGAAUAUAAUGAGGGCAGCAUUUGGGAAGGAUUGGGAGAGUAACAGGGAGAGAUUUUUGAAGGCGUUAAAGGAGACGAUGAUGUUGCUGCCUUUGUUGAGGCUGGCGGAUUUGUUUCCUUCAUUGGGGUUUGUGAUAAGUGUGUUAGAUGGGUCGAGGGCGAGGAUGAAGAAUACAAGGAGAGAGAUCGAUUUGAUUUUGGACGAGAUAAUUGCAGAGCAUGUCAUCAAGAGGGAAGCAAAGGAAGGGGAUGGAGAGGAGGAUUUUGUUGAUAUUUUAUUGAGGGUGAAGGAGAAUGGCGAGUUUCAAAUUCCGCUAGCCGUAGAGAACAUCAAAGCUGUCAUCUUGGUAAGAGCACAACAUUAAUUUUGAUUAUCAAGCAGUCAAUUGAAAAAAAAAGAGUUUAAUAGUUAAAAAACAAUACAAUUAUUUUUUAUUUUCAUUAAUCUAUAUCAUCUUAAAUAUAUAUUUUUUGUAAGGACAUACUUGUGGGGGCAACUGAAACUACA